AUGGAGGAAUUAUUUGCACUUUAAUAACAAUUAGCAGAAAUAUAAGAGACGUCUACAAAAUAUAAAUUAUCUGAUAGAAUCAUAAUUGAUUUGAUUGAAAAACUAGUUAAAGAAUAUGAUUUAAAGGUUUAUCAUUCAACAGAUGGUUAAAGUUUGGUGACUCCAAAUCAAUUGUCAAAGGAGAUUCAUUAAUUAAUUUUAUCUAAUAAAAGAGUGGCUGUGAAUUAAUUACCUGAUAUAUUGGGGAUAGGAUUUGACAAAAUUGAAGGAUAAAUCGAGAAAGAUAGCAAUGGUUGGGUAAUUUUAAUAUUAAAUAUUGAUAACAGGAUGUUGUCAGAAUGCAUGAUGAAAUGAUGUCUCAUGAUUAUAUUCUAAGUGUAUGUGAAGAAAUCAAUGAAGAUCUGUAAUAGAAGUCAAUUAUUUCAUUAUAGGAAAGUAAGAUAAUUAAAAAGUUUAUUAUAGUAAUGUAAAAGUAUGCACUUCCUAUGUAAUUUGUAAAAAAAUAUAUACUUGAAUAAGUAGGGACAGUUAUUUAAGGAGUAUGUAAUGAAGAUAAAUUGACUACAGUAACUUAUCUUGAAAUAAUCACAGCAAAAAUUUGUGGAAUUUUAAGAGCAACUUUGAGUCCAAUAUCAUUUUUAAAAUUGAAUAAGGAUUUAGAAAUACAAAAUUCAUAAAAAAUUUGUGAGUAAUUAUUAAUAAGCAAAUAACUUGAUGGUAAAAUCAUAUCUGGUUAAUAUGUAAGUUCAAGAUUUCUUUAAAAUUAAGAGGCAUCUGUGAAGGCUUUUUUUGAAUAAAAUUCUUAUGUUGAAUAUGAUAAACUUAAUUCAUAAUUUUUUAUUCAAAAACCAAAAGAAUACUUAAAGUAGAUGUUCAAAGAUAAUGUUAUUUUUUUAGAUACAUGUGGAUUUAGUAAAGAUGCUUUAAUUUCUAAGCAAGAUUAAAUUUAAGAAUUAUUAAUUAAUGAAGGGCAUACAAAUCUUUAAGAAAUUUUACCAGUUAUUUUAAGUGAUUAAGAUAUUGAAACUUUGUUUUCUUUAAUGUAAUUAAAUAAUUGUGAAUAUGCAAAUUUUAUGAUUUAUCAUAAACCAUUUUUAGAUAAUUUAGCAUUAGCAUUUAAAGAUAAAAUAAUUGAAUAGAUUUACUAAAAUCCUUAAAAAUUGAUUGAAUAAUAAUAAAAUUAAGAAGAGGCACCUUAAGACAUAUAAGCAUCAGCAGGAGGAUUUACAAAUAAGAAACCAAAAAAAUAAUAAUAAGUAUAAAAGAAGAAAUAAUAAAAUAAAUAAGAAUUAUUUAGUAAUAAGGAAAUAACUGAUUUACUUACAUAAAAAAAAUUAGUAGAAUAUAAUGAUUGUAUAGAUGAAUUAUUUUAAUUUUUACAACCAAGAUUAUAUACAUUAUAUGAAUAGAUAAAGAUUGAAUUAUUUGAAAGUAAGAAAUCAGCAUCUAGUUAAGUAAUAUAAGAGAUUCAGAAAAAGAUAGAAGAUAUGGCUAUUGGUCUUUUGAUAACAUAAAGAUCAUUGUAAAAGAUUUAAUAAGAAUGUCAUGAAGUGAAUACAAAAGUUCUAGUAGAUAAUUGUUUAUUUGGAUAUAGAUUAUUGGUAGAAAAUUUAGUAGUAAUAACUUGUAAAAAAUAUAAUAUUCAACUUCCAUAAAAUUUAUUUGCUGAUCCUAAUCAUCCAAGUGUGGUGAAUGGUUAAAUUAAUUUUGGAUUGUCAAAGUCUGGAAGAGUAUUUUUAAAUAAAGUAGCUUUGGGAGAAGCAAUAUUAUUUUUACCUAAAGAAUAAUAGAAAGCUUUGAAAGAAACAAUGGAAUUAUACACUAAGAAAUCAUUAGAUAUAUUAUCUUAAAAUUAAUUUUUUGAUGCAUUUAAUUUAAAAGUCAAUUUAGAUAAAAAAAAUGAUAGAAAUCUUUUAUUAUUUAUUAAGCAUCAUUGUAAAGAGUAUAUUAAAUAAAGAUAGAAUGAGAUUUUUGAUGAAUAAGUUUUUAAUUAAAUAAUAUUAACAAUGUUAACAGAUUUAGGAUUAUAUUUUAUUGGAAAUUAUGAUUAACAUUUUUAUUCUGCUAUAAAGUAAGUUGUAUAUGAAUUAUAAAGUGAUAAGUAAAUUAAAACAUUAGUGAAUAAUAUUAUAAGUACAUAUAAUCAUUAAAAUUUAGAUUCUAUAAAUUAAUAAUUAGAAAUAACAGCUGAAUCGAAAGAAUUAAUAGAAUUACUUAAGCUCUUAUGA